AUGUCGGAAGCUCCCAAAAUGUCAAAUUUGACCCGAACCCUACUAUCCCAGACGGAUCAGUCAUCGGUUGACAAAUACCAAAAUCCUCCGUCGUAUCUCGAAUCUCCCUCCCAAGGCUCCCACAACAAAUUCAUACCGUCACAGUCGUACGAAUACAACGGCAGUGGCCUGUUCCAGCCGUACCAUGACUACAUGCCUUCGGGACAUAACACUCCCAACGUGGUGAGUCUGUCGUAUGUCUCCAAUCAUUCCCACUCGUCAUCUUUACAACCUCAGUUCCUGCUGUAUCCCAGUUACCGGCCGCCCGUAGCGUCUCCCACAACAAACAUCUCCAUGGAAACUACCACGGCUCCUCAACCAUCGAUGAUGGGGUUUGCUCCACAUCUUUCCACCUCUGCCAUUCCAGUACCACAAUCGCUUCCUUCGACGUCAAAAAUCACCGAGAAUCCGUUUGCACCUCAGUCAUUGCCCCUCCCUCAAGCUGCGCUUUCGGCCCCUGAUCACUACAUGACCUACCAUGAAUAUCUCCUGACACUUCCCGGAGACGAAGAACAUUUAAACAUCGUGGAAUAUCCUGUCAAUGACUUGAUAUUGAUGCUCUCUUCGUUAUUAACCAAGAUAAUCGAAGCCAACGACAAAUUGCACCCAAAUCACUUUGACAAUACAAUUGCAGCUCGCCAGAGACUAAAAGAAGAACGCAAGAGCAAUGGCGAUACAGAAAGCAUUAAUGAAGAAGAUGAUGAGAUGAAAAACAAGUACCUUGCCAACGUUUUGGCAUUUCAUGGUGCCAAUGUUCCUGGGAUAUCCCUCCAUGCAUACCUUGCCAGAGUGCUAAAGUAUUGCCCGGUUACUAACGAGGUAUUUCUCUCACUACUUGUCUACUUUGAUAGAAUUGCCAAAAAGGCAAACAACUUACAGCACAAACAAGAAGCAGAACAGCUUUUCGUCAUGGACUCUUAUAACAUACAUCGUCUUAUUAUAUCUGGUAUCACGGUGUCGUCCAAGUUUUUUUCCGACAUUUUCUACAAGAAUUUACGAUAUGCCAAGGUGGGAGGAUUACCCUUGGAUGAGUUGAAUUAUUUAGAGCUUCAAUUCUUGUUACUUCUCGAUUUCAAGCUCAUGAUCUCGGUGGAGGAUAUGCAAAACUAUGGCGAUUUACUCCUCAAGUUUUGGAAGAGAGAAAGGGUUGCCAAGGAGUUUCUGCCUUCAUAG